AUGCCUCCAAAAAGCAGUGACACCACUAGGAGCACACCUCCAGAAAGUAGUGUUCCUACUAGGAGCGCACCUCCAGAAAGCAGUGUCCCCACUAGGAGCACACCUCCAGAAAGCUAUAACCCCACUAGGAGCACACCUCUAAAAAGCAGUGAUCCCACAAGUAGCACACCUCCAGAAAGCAAUGUCCCCACUAGGAUCACACCUCUGAAAAGCAGUGUCCCUACGAGGAGCAUGCCUCCAGAAAGGAGUGACCCCACUAGGAGCAAACUUCCAGAAAGAAGUGACACCACUAGGAGCUCACCUCCAGAAAGCAGUGUCCCCACUACGAGCACACCUCCAGAAAGCAGUGACCCCACUAGGAGCACACCUCUGAAAAGCAGUGUUCCCACAAGUGCUCACAUCCAGAAAGCAGUGUCCCCUCCAGGAGCACACUUAAUGAAAGCAGUGACCCCACUAGGAGCACACCUCUGGGAAGCAGUGGCCCCACUAGGAACACACCUCCAGAAAGCUGUGUCCCCACUAGAAGCACACCUCUGGAAAGCUGUUCCCACUAGGACCACACCUCAGAAAGCAGUGACCCCGCUAGGAGCACACCUCCAGAAAGCAGUGUCCCCACUAGGAGCACAGCUCCAGAGAGCAAUGUUCGCACUAGGAGCACACCUCCAAAAAGCGGUGACACCACUAGGAGCAAACCUCAACUUAAGGAGCACAGCUCCAGAAAGCAGUGUCCCCACUAGGAGCACACCUCCAGAAAGCAGUGACCACACUAGGAGCACACAUUUGAAAAGCAGUGUUCCCACUAGUAGCUCACUUCCAGAAAGCACUGUCCCCACUAGGAUCACACCUCUGAAAAGCAGUGUCCUUACGAGGAGCACGCCUCCAGAAAGCAGUGACCCCACUAGGAGCACACCUCCAGAAAGCAGUGACCCCACUAGGAGCACACCUCUGGGAAGCAGUGGCCCCACUACGAACACACCUCCAGAAAGCAGUGUCCCCACUAGAAGCGCACUUCUGGAAAGCAGUGUUCCCACUAGGAACACACCUCUGAAAAGCAGAGUUCCCACUAGGAGCACACACUGGAAAGAAGUGUCCCCACUAGGAGCACACCUCCAGAAAGCAGCGUCCCCACUAGGAGCACACUUCCAGAAAGCAAUGUUCCCACUAGGAGCACACCUCCAGCAGGCAGUGACACCACUAGGAGUAAACUUCUGA